AAUUCAAAAGCAAUAGCUGUUUAUUUGGAAACCGUGCUACAUUCUCUGGUGUUUUAUAAUCGAUAUAUAAUUAGAAGUUAAAAUGUGUACUUGGGUAUUUUCACCCAAGAAGUGUGUUUCAAAUAUUAUAAAUUGGAUUGUUUUGAUAAUUGCAGAAGACACUAAGUUAUUCGUCGCGUAUUUAACAAAUUUGUGUACAAUUAUUACUUAAUUAUGAAUAUGGAUUAUGCUCUGGUUCAGUACUACAGUGAUCCACAGCUAAAUACAUUAAAAAAUCAAAACGUACUUGAAAGCAAAUAACUAACGGGGCAUCUUAAAAAUGAGUUUUGAUUUAAAGCGAACACAUCAUAUUUAUUUACUUAUACUGGUCGUAGUAAAAGCAUCAUCAACACUGCCGCCAGUCAUCCGCAUAGGUGCCCUAUCUUCAGACAUGCCAGAUGGUCCAAUCGAUCUCGCAUUCAAAUACGCCAUACAAAGCAUCAAUAGCGAUGUUAACUUGUUGCCCGAUACGAAACUGACAUUUGACUUACAACACGUGGGCAAGGAUGACUCCUUUCAUGCCUGCCAAAAAGUUUGCGGCCAAAUCGAGACAGGUAUACACGCGUUUUUCGGACCAUUCAAUGCUUCAUUGGGCGCUCACAUUCAUUCGAUAUGCGAUGCACUUGAUAUACCGCACAUGGAAUCUCGUAUCGAUCAGAAGGAGGCCAAUACAGAGUUUUCCAUUAAUUUGCAUCCAGCGAAGCAGUACGUGAACUUAGCAUUUGAAGAUAUCAUACGUUACCUGAAUUGGACCAAGGCAGGAAUUCUUUAUGAGAAAGGUUUUGGAGUUCUGCAGUUGCGAAAAUUCGGUCAAAUGUAUGACAUAGAAACAUAUCUGCGUCUGGUGACUCCCACAACUUACGUUAAAAUAUUGAAUGAGCUCAAAGACAAAGAAAUUCACAAUUUAAUAAUCGAUACAAACGCUGCACAUAUUUCCAUCCUUCUAAAAGGGAUUCUGCAACUGCAAAUGAAUGAAUAUAAGUAUCAUUACUUAUUUACUAGUUUCGACAUCGAGACAUUUGAUUUGGAGGAUUUUAAAUAUAAUUUUGUGAAUAUUACCUCAUUCCGUCUAGUAGAUGUCGGCGACGUAAGCGUUCGAAACAUUCUCAAAGGUAUGGAGGCCUAUAACUACGAUUAUAAUUAUAAAACAACUUACUACAGAAAGCUGCGUACCAUAAAGACGGAACCCGCCGUGGUGUAUGAUUCUAUUUAUGUAUUCGCAAUAGGAUUAACAAGCUUAGAACAGUCGCUGACUCUUGGGGUUUCGAAUGCUUCAUGUGCGAAUGAAAGUCCGUGGGAUGGUGGCUUGAGUUUAAUAAACUAUAUAAAUUCCGUUGAGUGGAGGGGGCUGACAGGUCCUAUACAAUUCAAAGAAGGGCGGCGUGUCAAAUUUAAAUUGGAUCUUGUAAAACUUAGACAGCACUCCUUAGUGAAGGUGGGAGAGUGGACGCCACAAACUCGUCUUAAUAUAACUGAGCCUUCAUUGUUUUUUGAUGGCGGCACUAUGAAUGUUACACUAGUUGUAAUUACAAUAUUGGAAACGCCUUAUGUGAUGAUGCACUAUGGUAAAAAUUACACAGGAAAUGAGAGGUUCUUUGGGUUUUGUGUAGACAUACUGGAGUUGAUAGCGCGUGAUGUUGGAUUUGAUUACAUUCUUGACCUAGUGCCCGAUCGAAAAUAUGGCGCACAAGAUCCAUUUUCAGGCGAAUGGAACGGAAUGGUGGCGCAACUCAUGAAAUAUAAAGCCGAUUUGGCCGUUGGAUCUAUGACUAUUACUUAUGCACGGGAAAGUGUAAUCGAUUUUACCAAACCAUUUAUGAACUUGGGCAUAAGUAUUUUGUUUAAGGUUCCAUCAAGUCCGGCUUCUCGUUUGUUUUCUUUUAUGAAUCCACUCGCGUACGAUGUAUGGAUAUACGUUUUAGCGGCAUACUUUCUAGUAUCCUUUACAAUCUAUAUAGUAGCAAAGCUUUCGCCAAUAGAAUGGCGCGAUAAGUAUGCCUGCGACAAAAAGAAUCCUAUAAUUACCAACCAGUUUACAUUGGCCAACAGUUUUUGGUUUACAAUCGGUACAUUGAUGCAGCAAGGAUCAGAUAUAAAUCCGAAAUCGCUAUCGACAAGAAUAGUCAGCGCUAUAUGGUGGUUCUUCACCUUGAUAAUAAUCGCCUCGUACACCGCUAAUUUGGCGGCCUUUCUGACAGUAGAGCGCAUGAUAACGCCCAUAGAAAAUGCUGAGGACUUAGCCAGCCAAACAGAAAUAUCAUACGGUACGCUAGAAAGCGGUUCUACAAUGACAUUUUUUCGUGACUCUAUCAUAGAGACAUACAAGAAAAUGUGGCGUAAUAUGGAAAAUAAAAAAUCCAUCGCCUUGACUUCCACCUAUGAAGAGGGUAUAAGACGGGUUAAUCAAGGUAACUAUGCGUUUUUAAUGGAAUCCACAAUGCUUGAUUACAUAGUACAGCGAGAUUGUAAUCUAACUCAAAUCGGAGGCCUGCUAGAUACUAAAGGUUAUGGUAUCGCUACACCAAAAGGUUCACCUUGGCGCGAUAAAAUUUCGCUAUCCAUUCUGGAACUGCAAGAAAAGGGUGAUAUACAGAUGCUAUAUGACAGAUGGUGGAAAAAUGCAGGAGACACUUGCGUACGUAAAAGCAAUAACAAACAAACUAAGGCAAAUGCGCUCGGUCUGGAUAACAUUGGUGGCGUGUUCGUAGUCCUCUUUGUGGGUAUAGGUGUGGCCGCUUGCGUUGCCGUCUUCGAGUUCUGGUAUAACUAUCGCAGUAGGAAACGCGAAAGUGUAUACUAUGAAAAGGAGCACAACGCUAUAGAAAGUGAUAUGACCGCAAUGGCUCUAAGUGCCUUCAAUUUCGCUGAUAGCACUGAUAAAGAAAACAUUGGCGAAGGACACACAGAAGAUCAGUAUUUCAUACAAACGCACAAACAACCGUGCAAACAUGUGACAGCAUAUUGCUGUACAGAACCGCCGGCACAGCGUUCACUUUGCGGCGAAAUGCUGGACGAAUUUCGUUACGCGCUGCGUUGUAGGGACUCCCAUCGGCGUCCUGCGCUGAAACGAAGAUGCCCAACAUGUCAUUUAUUCAAGGAUGUUAAAGAGUUUAUGGAUAUAGAAACUAGAACACCAACGUAUGUACGCGGCAGUACAACCAAUGAUUUACAAAUACAUCAUACUCAAGUGAAAAGCACUAUAGAGCCUCAAACAUCGCCAAGUCCAAUUGCUUUAUAUCCAUGUAAUGCAUAUAAAAGCAAUAAAAUCAUGGAUUAAUAAUUGUUUAAAGGGUUUAAUAUGUAAUAAAUUAAUAAGUA